AGCGACCAGUCUUCCGUGGACCCGAGCGACAUCAUAGAGCGUUACGUCGACAGCGACGCCAGCGCCCUUUCCCAGUCCCCGCCGCCCAUUCACGAUCUGUCGGCCGAGGUGGCCCGCCUCCUGGACCACUACUUCAGCCCCUCGGAAGAGUCAGACGAUGCUCGUUCUCCCGAACUAAGUCUUGCCGUUCCCCACAGGCGACGCCACUGGCCACAAAUUGAACUACAACGAGUUGUGCCCUUCGGCGUAGAAUCGACGACAUCGUCUACAGCUGCUCGUCGCAGUAUAAACGGAUCCAGCAAUGAAGGCAGGCAAUACGCCCUGGCAGAAGAGAGGCAUGACAUUUCAAGGGGUGGUGCUGACCUCUCUAAACCAACCACCACAGCCACCUCCCAACACCCAACAUCCUCCGAAGAAGCAAUGAACUUGGCCCUACCAUUGGCCAUACAGCGUCUGCAGUCCAGCGAGAGCAUCCGGUGUUUGGUAGCAGGGAAUCUUCAGGGAUCAGCGAGGUCAUCCUUAAGUCAGCUCAGUGACGAGUGCGCCGCCAAGCCACUAGCAGAGGAACUGGAAGAAGCCGAGGGGGAAGAGAAGCUGAAGAAACGAAGCUGUUUUCUUUGAAAACUUUGAGACUGAUAGCAGCUCAGUGAGCUAUAGCGGCGAGGAGGGAGUGGAGAAGAAGGAUCGUUGUUGUCUGAAAACAUUGAUUUUGAGCUCCACGACGAGGAUUCCGAGACUCAUAAAGUGUCGACAGAGCAAGAAGCCACAUCUCUUGCUGCCACCCAAUCAAUUUCAACAGAACGAAGAACAAAUGUUGCUAGCUCAAUCGAGAUCAUCAAGGAACAAUCUUUGCAAGUCCAUCCAAAAAGUGAGAGUAGUACCACCCAAAAUGGCACAUUAUCUUCUAAAAUCUCAGCUACCAUGACAACUCAAGCACCCAACUCUCCAACGGGCUAUAGCAAAACAAAUCAAAAAGCCAGC